AUGUUAAAAUAAAUUGAUAAUAGAAAAAAUGGAGUGACAAUUGAUAAAGAAUUCAUUCAAAUACUUGAAAACCAUUAGUAUUUAACCAGUCCUCAUUUGAUUUUUUUUUAAUAAGUAUUUUAUAAGUAUUUUUCGAAUCGAAGAAAUGUAAAUUCCACAAUUAUUUUAGGUAUUUUUGGUUGAUUGUUAUUUCUUUGCUGAAUUUAUGCCCAAAUUAACAAGCUAAUUACCAAGCAAUUUAAUUGACAUUCAAAAAUUAAACAAAAUCAAAUAAUAGAUAGACGAUAAAAAAUUAAACGAGAAUUAUCUAACUUCUAAAUCAUUGAUUCAAACUAAAGACUAAAAGAAUCAAUAAAUACAACAAAAUUCUUCAGUUCCAGAAAACUAAAAGAAAUAAUUUUAAUUUGAAAUCCUUAGCGUUAAUUAAGAUAAAUAAGUUGAUGAAGGCAUUUUUAAAAUGUCUAAAUUAGAAAGUCUUCUUUCUAGUUAAUCGUUAAACAAAAAUUAUUAAAAAGGAGAUUCAUUAAUUAAAUAUGAUUAUGCAUACUUUCCAAUAAACUUAGGAAAUUAUCAUUGGAUUAGUGUAUUGGUAUAUUUUCGAGAAGGCAUUAUUAUAUAUCAAGAUUCCCUAAAUGGAUAUAAUGCAGAUAUAAUAGCUGGAGUUGAAAGAAUUCUAAAAUAUAAAAACACAUAAAAAAUAGAUUGGAAAAUAUAAAAAAAUAGUCCUAGACAAUUUGGAACAUCUGUAAAAUGAUAGUUAAAUUUUUAGGAUUGUGGUGUUUUCGCUUUAUAUGCUUUAUUUUUUCUUUAUACAAGAGGUGAAUUGAUUAAAAGUGAUAGUUAUUCUUAAACUUUUAUAACUAGAGUUAGACAAAAUUUCGCCACUUUAGCAAAAGCAGAAUUGAUUCAAAAUCUUAAUGCUGAAUAAGUUUUGAAUAUUGUUAACAAAUAAUGAC